AUGUUGAGCUCUGUGUGUACUCUGUGGGACGUCGGGUAUCCUUUAUGUACCUAUAGCUCCAUCUUCAUCAUUUUCCUAAUUACCUGGCAAAUAAGACGGAGUUACCAGGGAUUGAGGUUGGAACCUAAAAAGAGCUGCUGCCGGCGUCACCGAAAAGUCAGGCAGAGGGCUAGAGAUGCGGCAUCAAAAGCCAGGAGACUUUCCCGAGAAGAAGCUGAGAAGCCGUGGGAGCUGCUGUCUAUCAUGAAAAGCCAAAGCUGGCUCCCCAAGGAGGAGCGUGUGCGGCAGCUCCUGUGUAUAGAUCCCUGCUGCCAAAUCUGUGAUGCUGCAACUCUAGAGAUCCGGCAGUUGCUGGAGAGCGAGCAAAGUCAGAUCUCCCCUGCUUUGUUGGGACUGCCACCGGACUCUUCUUGCCUGGAGAUGUUGACCAUAUCCAGUGAGACUUUUGAGCAGAACGUGGAGCUCCAUCCCAGACCUUCCAUACAUCUUUCACUAGCGUCUGAAGCUUCAGCACUAGCUCAGCUAACAGAUCACUUAGCACAGCCACCCAGUGCAGCCUGUGUCCAACAGUGCUAUGAGGAAAACCUCCAGCUACAGCAGAAAUUUCACCUGGCAGACAUGCCCGUGGUUCCAGAGACUAUGGUUCCUUCAAGGUUCGAGGAUCCUGUGGUUUUAAUGACUGAGAAAAAAAUAACGCCAGACAAACCAGAGGUUGACCAGAAGAGCCAAGCCCACCAUCCCUUGAAUCCCUCUGUGACUUUACUAUCCCUGAACCCGGAGAUCGCUGACUUGGCCCAUACUAUGUCAUUGGACAUGGGUGCACUGCUGUCUUCCCACAUGCCCUUUCUUAGUCCUCAAGUCUGCAGGCUUCUUGAAAUACAUGUAAAAAAAUGGAUACAUUUUCAGAAGUGGGGCCUCCCCAGACGUGUGGAGGAGUCCUUGAGGCAGCUUAUGCCAGACCGAACAGCAUUUUGUCAAUUUAGAAAAACUCCUUUCUCUUCCUGUCUGAGCAGUGGCUCUGAGCUCACCGUGGACAAAGUGGGGACCAUGUCCCACCACACCAAAAGCUUGAGCUGGGCAGACCGGCCCAUCCAGGCCUGCUGGGUUUCGGAGUGGUCCGUUGUAAGCCUGAAGCAAAGGAAGCACUGGCACCAGAUCCACGCCUUUUUGCCCUCUCGUGGAGCUGAACACCUAAGUGGCUUCUACCCACCCCCCAAGGCACAAGCUAAUGACUCGGGGAGCAAUUUUCAGGGGGAAUAUUAUAGCCAGUUAUUCUGUGGCCUUCCGUCUCUUCACAGCGAGUCCCUGGAUGUCCCUUCCUUGAGCUCUCAAGGUGGAUCCGAGAACAAGACUGUGUCCAAGCCCUCCUCCGGGGAUCCCACAAGGGAGCUCUCACUCCCCUUCUUGCCCCGAACUCCACGUCAGUCAGCCCCUCCUUCUUUCUCUUUUUCUCCAAAUGCCAAGACUCCCCAUGAGCAUAAAGGCGCAGGGAUGGAUGUCCCGGUUCUGACUCUGGCUGAGUGUGAAGCAUUGGAAUGCCACCUCCUAGACAGGCAAGUCAAGCUUCGGUGGGGCCUGCGGGCGGUCGUCCUGAGAAAUCGGGACACCCGGAGUCACGUGCUGUGUGAAGCACGCGGUAAAACUAAGACUGUAAAAAUCACCUGGCCCUUCUGGCAUUGCACCAGGGAAGCUUCCUUCCCAGAGCAUGCGCGCAGGCUGUUGGAUUUCCACCUCCAGAAGCAGCUGAUUCACCUGCGCUGGGGCCUGCCCCAGAGGAUCCAACGCUCCAUUCACUUGGACCAGCAGCCCCGGUCCUACAGCAACGGGACACUACCCAAUGUGAGCAUCCUGCAGCCAGGCGACCCAAAGGCAAAUGGGUCCGGUGACACAUUUGCAGUUGCAGUGGACAGAGGGUCAGUUCCCACACCUCACUUGUUUGGCCAGGCAAAGGCAAUAUUGAAGACCCACAUUGAUUCCAAAUGUGGACAGAUCCAUCAGGGCAAGGUCCCUGCCUGUGUCCAAAGCUCCUGGGAAUUCUGCAUUCCCAGGAGCUUGUCAGUAGGGACUUCCUUCUCAAACAUUCCAGCAAGCCGGCACCUGGAGCUACAGGCAAAAAAUACCCCUGACCUACAUCACACAGCUGUUUCUCAGGAAGCAGAACCAGCAGCCCUGGACCAGGAGGAACAGGCCUCAUCAGGCACUCUCAUUGAGCACUGUAAGAGGCCCAAAGCCCUACCUGAGGAAACUGUUAAGAAACUGGAGACAACGUUGCAGCAUAAGUAUCUGGCCUUCCUGUCAGGCCUGCCUGCCCUUUACUGCGUGGCCCUCUCUAGACCCUCAUCCCCAGCAGUCACUAGCAAACCUAGAACCACAGAGAGGAUGUCCUGGGCUGUCAAAAACCCACCAGAAACUCUGUCCCACACAACCUCCCUCCAAGGUUCACUUGAGCCAUGUACUCGGGACAAGGAGGCUUCUGCGGACAUUGCAGGACAGGUCCAGUCUGAAGUGCAGGUAGCAGGAAGGACAGGGAAGAGGCCUCCAGACAGCCCCAAAUUGUUAAACACACAUAUCUUGGCGAGACUGAAUUUCCACCUGAAAAAGAAGGUCCUAGAGAUGCAGUUUGGAAUUUCCACAAAGGAGAGGGAGUACAAAGAGCUGGCCAUAUCUGACCUAGAGAGUGAAUCUAUACGGGAGUUUCUUAGGAGUCUCAGCAUCCCAGAAAGCACAGCGCUACCACAACUGCCCAACUCAGGGGACUCUCCUCCGGCCCCAGAUGCAAACAGGGUCCACCUUGGUAAACAGCCAGCCACUGCAGGGCAGGCCAUGUGCCACAAGCAAAAGCAACCUAGUUCCAAGGCAAUGCCCCAUGGUUCUGCCCAGUGGGGCUCCAAGGCCUCACAACUCAGGAAUAUGACUGAGGCCCAAGUGCACUGUGUUCAACUGGAGACCAAUGGGGAAAAACCCAACCUAGAGAAAACCUUUAGCACUGAGCCUCAAAGCCGAGGCAAGAGCAAGUACUCAGCCCAUGUCCCCACACUGACAGAAAAGAGACACGAGUCAGGGAAACCCAAGGCAGUGUGGGACCUUGAAGAAGGGGAUGCAGGUCUUGAGCUUCCCCUGACCAGUGGGAAGACACACCAUGAUGGAGAAGAGGAGCUAGAAAAGAGGCCUCCCCCUGAGACACCCCAAGGCUCCUCAGAGCAGAGGCCUAGAUCUCAUCUUGAGGAUCCCUGUUCACCCAGCCCCCAGGAUCUCUCUGAGUUUGAAUUCCCAGAUCCACCUCCAGAAGUCCUUAUGGUGAUAGACGCUACACAGAACAUGCAAGACAGUCUGACCAAGGUAGAUGCCAUCCCGGAACCUGCAAGGAGUGCCAAGGUCCCCCAGCCUGUGGCCUCCAAGACUUUCCAAGGUUUGCCUUUCCCAUGCCCACCAACUCAGGGAAAACCUUUUAGGGGCCAAGCUUGGCAAGACCACAUUUCACAGAGGUGGGUGACGCCAGCCUCUCCUCACGCUAGCCCCAGCUUUCCAGAGGCUGGCUUGAAAAAUAAGAUGAAAUCCUUCCUUCACUCUAUGAGCCCCAAGAUAAAAGACAAAACCCACAUGGAACCCACGGUCUCUCCCGGGAAAGUGUCCAAACCCGGUCAAGAAAAUGCUGACAAGGGUCUGCCUCAAGCCAAAAACCCCACCAAGAAAACUAAGACAGAGAACUGCAGGGUGCCCAAGGCCCAACCUGCGUCCUCUGAGAGGUCAGUGAUCGCAACGUUUUUAACUGCUCCCCACAUUCUAGACAGUAAGCUCGGGCCAGGCUCUCAACAGCACGGCUCUGUCUCAGGACCAGGCCAGCCCCGGCACUGUCCUCGGCACUGCCCUAGAUUGGCUCGUACCACCCAACAAGCAAACCCACCCUAG